GCAUCAGUUCACAGGCCGCCAUUAAGUGUAUCCAUACAGCCUGCUGUCAAGGUAUAGGUUAAUGUUGUUGUGAUACGUAUAAGUAACCUUUGUUCAGUUAUGUUAUUUAUAAAAAGGUAAUUUAUAAGAUCGAGUGUAUAAUAUACUUACACAAUAAGAAAAUUAAAUUAAUUUCACUUAAAACAUGAUUAACUUUUAAUUUACAAGGAGAUAACAAAAUGGCUCGUGUAGGCAAUUUAAAUACAAAUAAUGACAAAUACAUUUAGCGCGGAGCAAACGCACGGAAAGCGUAAACACUAUGUGCGGCGGCGGCGGCCGAGCACCGUUACCUCAGUCGUAUAAAUGUGGAGCCCCUCCCGGCGGCCUUAGUACACCGCGAGACCAAGCAUGAGACUGUACGCGUUCCUACUGGUCACCGUGGCCGCGCUGCACGCGCGCGCCGCCUCCAUCCCCGAGCUCAGCGCUGACAAGAAGCUGCUCGAUAUCGCUCCCGAAAACAUAGACAAAACCCCAGAAAUUUCAUCAAGUGAACAGGAACUAUUAGACCAGGCGAAUACCAUUAAGGAUGUUGAGAACAAGCUGCGCACAAAACCUGAAGCAAUCCCCGUCGAAGUCAUCGUUGAGAAUGCUGAAGCCGCGCUCAAAACUCCUGAAAAUGCCGACGAUUCCGAAGAGAUCGAUAGACCAACCCCUGAUUUGAGGAAUCCAGGUCCUCCUCAGCGUCAAGAACAUGAAACACAAAACCCUGAAUAUUAUGUAGCUGAGCAGGAAACUAUUUUAAACUUUAAGAAAAGUGUCAGCGAUGCACAGGUUUUUUUGAAACAAAGUCUCCAAGGUAUUACUGAUGGAAUCCAAAAAGUGAUAGAAAACAACGAACCACUUCAAACCAUACAACAAAGUAUCAAGUCUCUGCGUGAAGGAUUUACUGAUCAGCUCAGCAAAAUAAACGGAACCGUUCAGAAUUAUUUGAAUUCAGAAAGUACCAAUAUAAACAAGCCGGGUAUUGAGCAGACCAAAGCAAACUUCCACCAAAUUGAAAAGGGUCUAAAUGUUUUCAGAAAUGAGUUUAACAACAGGGUCAAAACUUUAGCUGACGGUGUUGAAGUAGUUGCUUCUCUGAAGGCUGAAAAUGAAAAGCCAGGUGAAAGCAACCCAGCUCCCGCACCAGCUCCGCCUGCCGCUGCUGGGGUACAGAACCCCGUAGCCCAAUACAUCCAAUCCCUGCAAGUUUCUUUUGGAAACACAUUGGGUAACAUCACUCAACUGAUUAGCAACUUCACUCAGACUCCACAAUGGAAUGUGCCAAACCCAUUCGCCCAGCCUUCCACGACGACAGCCCUUCCAGCAGGAGUGCAGGCAGACACACCAGUAACAUCUGCGCCGCCUUCACCGACUAACGUAUUGCAAAGUCUCCAAAACCAGUUUACCAACUUCUUUAAUCCGACCCAAGUGAUUAACCAGGGUAUAGCAUUUUUCUCGACGCCAGCUCCAGGACAGAUCUUUUCUGGUUCAGGACCAUUCGUCCAAGCUUUCCAAACUGCCCAACAAAACAUAGCAAACUUAUUCCAAUUUAGACCAGUAACUCCAGGCCCACAACCUGCACCGACUUCAGCCCCUGCUGCAGCGUCCUCGGCCCAACCAAGUCCUAAUCCGUCAGAGGCAACGAGUGAAGCCCAUGCGGACGCCGUCACUCCCGCCGGUCCCAUCAGACAGCUUAUCCUCAACAAUCCUCUUACCCAAGGAAUUGCUGGCGCUGUACAAAAGGUCCAAAACGUUAACAACCCUGAGAAGCCUAGAGAAGUGGAGAGGGUCGAGGAAGAGAAACCCGCUGUAGUAGCACAGCAGGAGGACGACAAUGCCUUAGACCGCGGUCACGGCGGCCCCAACACUGGGGGUAGUGACGUCAAUAACGACAGCAGCGGGAGCGGGAUAAAGGAGAACGCACCUGUUGCAGAAGAAAAAAUGCCAGAGGUUGAGCAGCCUAAAGCAGAAGAGAUUAAAGAGCACAAGACCGAACAGGUCGCCGAUAAGACUGAAUAGGUCAUUAGUGUGAUAUACUCGUAAACUAGGAUUAUUUAUUUAUUAAGAUAAAAAUGUAAAUAAAAGACGAUGUGGAAAGAAAUAAGUACAUUACUCUUUUUUUAAA